AUGGAGACCACUUCGAAUCCAUCCAAUGUUAGUAGGGCCUUAGAAAACCGCACGUUGAGCCACGAGAAAGUUAGCGGAGCGCCACAACAUGGAGAUGAUGCUCAGUAUCCCACUCCUGGCCGUACUUGGAUCAUUAUGGGCUGUCUUUAUCUCACUAUGUUCCUUGUCGCACUGGACAAGACCAUCCUCGCGACUGCUGUGCCCCGGAUAACUGACGACUUCAACUCGUUGUCCGACAUCGGCUGGUACGGAUCAUCCUACAUGCUCACGCUUUGUGCUUGCCAGAUGUUUUGGGGCAGAAUAUACACAUUUUAUCCUGCUAAGGCCACCUUCAUCGCUGCUGUCGGUGUGUUUGAGAUCGGCAGUGCCCUCUGCGGAGCUGCACCAUCAUCUCCGGUCCUGAUCGUUGGACGCGCAAUUGCCGGAGCGGGAAGUGCUGGUAUCUCGAACGGGGCCAUCGUGGUGGUUAUACAGACCACACCACUGGAAAAGCGGCCUAUGUUCACCGGAUUGAUCGGCGCUGUGUUCGGCAUUGCUGGCGUAGUCGGGCCGUUGCUGGGUGGCGCGUUCACUGAGCACGUGAGUUGGAGGUGGUGUUUCUACAUUAAUCUGCCUCUUGGAGGACUAUCUAUCGGUGUCCUCAUCUUGGUGCUGCACCUGCCGUCGAAGAGCCGCGAGCAAAUGACGCUGUUCGAGCAGUUCAAGAGAUUGGACCCCAUCGGCACAACUCUCUUCCUACCAUCCAUCGUGUGCCUCCUUUUGGCUCUUCAGUGGGGUGGUACGACGUAUGCGUGGUCAAGCUGGCGUCCGGUCCUCCUGCUGGUAUUCGCAUGCGUAUUGUUCGUCGGAUUCCUUGCGGUUCAGAUCUGGAGGCCCGACACAGCGACCCUCCCGAUGCGUAUCCUAAAGCAAAGAACAGUGGCUGCUUCAGCCCUCUUCGCAUUCACCAGUCAAGCCGGGAUGAUCGUGGUCACGUACUACAUCCCAAUCUUUUUUCAAGCCCUCAAGGGCUUCUCCCCAACAAAAUCUGGCGUAGCUACCAUUCCGUUCAUUUUGUCUCUGGUCGUUGGUACGAUUCUUGCAGGAGGUCUGGUUCAGCGCAUUGGGUACCCGGCCCCUUUCAUGAUCUUGAGCGCGGUUAUCUUUUCGAUCGGUGUUGGGCUGGUCACUACAUGGCCAGUCGAGGUCAACCACAGCGCCUGGAUUAGCUAUCAGUUCCUAAUCGGUUUCGGAGUCGGCAUCGGUAUGCAGCAACCGUCCAUAAACGCACAGAUUGUCUUGACGAAAGAAGACAAUCCGACCGGAAUAUCGCUCAUGAUGUUCAUGCAGAAUUUUGGGGGCGCCAUAUUUCUGAGCGUAGCACAGUCAGUUUUUACAGAUGAUUUGGCACGGCAGUUGACGAAAAUACCUGGCUUGCACCUUUCCAAGAGCCAGGUUGUUGAGAUGGGUGCGACUAGUAUCCGCAACAUGGUGCCGCAACAGUUGGUCAGUGUGUUCCUCGAGCGCUACAGGGUUGCAAUAUGUAACGCUAUUUAUGUUGCUCUUGGUCUGGCGUGCUUCAGCUUAGUGGGUGCCUUACUGGUGGAAUGGAAGAGUGUCAAAAAGGACAAGAGCGAGCAGGCAGAAAAGGGCAUUGCUGUUGAAAGCAAAAAUGAGCAUGUGUAGAGGAAGAGUCAUGGAU